UGUCUGUUGUUUUGUGGUGCUGUGUGCAGUUUGUCCGUGCCCGCCUGUGCUACUGACUCUUUCAUUUCGGGCCAGCCUGAAUGGGGUGUUCCGCCAUCAUUUGGAGGUAUGAAGCAACAGCAACGAUCAACGACGUACCAAGAUGGACUUGAUAAUUAUUCUGCUGAUGGCGCUAUUCAGUUUGUCGGAAGCGAACGGUCACUUCCCCACAGGUUGGAAGAGUGACCUGGUAGCACUGUCUCAGAUCAAAGACCCCGUUGAUGCAUCGCUAGAAGAUGUCCGUUGUUAUAAUUUCUCGCUGGGUAUGCCUCAUCGUCAAGAGUUCUACUCACCUGGACAUCCAGCUAAUUACCCGCCUAAAAUCGACUGUCUCCUCGUAAUCAAAGCCGAUCCUGGCUUCGUGAUUCGCGUUGAUUUCCGCGACAUGUUUGAUAUCGAACCGCAUCCGCAGUGUCUGUAUGAUUUUCUGGAGAUCCGUGACGGUGCCCACGGCUAUUCAACUCUGAUAGGUCGCUAUUGUGGCCGUACUUUCCCUCCCGUCAUCACAUCAUCCGAACGUUUCCUGUGGCUACGCUUCACUACAGACGACAACAUCGAGUAUACUGGUUUCAGGGCCGUCUAUCAAUUCCUGCCCGAUCCUGCGCCCAGGAUACCGGACCAAGGUUCUUGCCGCUUCCAGGUGACUGGAUUGGAUGGCAUUUUCAGCCGGUCGGACGUUCCUGAAGAGGUGGUCAACCAUUCGAAAGAUUUCAUGGUGCCGCUGGACUGCACCUGGGUCAUCACGGUGGCUGAAACACACAAAAUUCAAUUGAGCUUUCCAAGCUACGCACUGAUGGCGCCCAACGAAUGUGACCUCAACUUUAUUGAAAUUUUUGGAGAGAUGACGGAUUUGCGUCAUCGACUGCGUCUCUUUUGCGGUUCGAAAAUCGACAUUGUCCUCUCCAAAUCGAAUAUCCUCCACCUGAGGCUUUAUGCCCACCAUACAGCCUUGCGGUCAACUUUUGAAGCUCUCUUUACCGCCGUCACUCUCUAUCGGGAAACCGAAGGAACUGCGAAAUGUAUCGCUUCCGAGUUCGAUUGCGAGGAUGCCGUUUGCAUUGAUAGCUCGCUCCGCUGCAACGGCCGCAUUAACUGCAAGUUUCGCUACGACGAAGAUAAUUGCAAGGUGGUCCGUAAAAAAGUGAUGUCUUCUGACCACAUCAUUGUCAUUUUGACCAUUUUCUGCGUCACCCUUUUCGGCCUCUGUUUCAGCUGCUUCUUCAAUUGCAUUCGGAAAUUAAGAGCAGAUCACAGCAUUUACCAGGCAAGGAGAUCAAGAUCAAGAGAGGACCGACUGGAUGUCUUUGAUGACACAUCGUCAAAGGCUCUUCCUCAUCAAACGCCAAUAGGUUUUUCUUUGACUCACGACAAGAAUAAGAGUCGACAUCAGUCGGGAAGAGGCACUGCCACAACGACGGAUGACGACAUGUUCCAGCAACGACCACGACAACAAACAUCGACGUCACGUUCGCUCUCCAGCCCAACGACCCCCAACGGUUUUCUCGACUCGUGCGUGAGUAUCGAACCUUUUCCAGGUGGUGCGUCUGCUGGUAAAGCACCUGGAGAACGUCAAUUUACGGGCACUCUGCACGGCUUGGCGGAAUCAUCUGGAAGAGAUAGUGACGAAGAUGAAGAUGUCGACGACGAUGAGGAUGAAGACGAAGAAGAGGUUGAAAUGGUGGAUCACGCUUGUCAGACUCGUGAAUCUCUCUUUGACAAUAAAAAUGGAGAUUCGGUGGUUCUUGGACCGAUGCCGGAUCAACCGUCUCGGCAAUCUUAUUCUAAGAUUCCGACGUCGGUGACUAUCCAGCCAUCAAGAGUUCAGUUUCCUCUUCCAAGCGACAGCCGUUACAAAGCAGAGAGAACUAUUGAGAUCGCUCAAAGAACACCAACAGCUCCUCCAUUGUUGCCAUCUUCCUCGGCUACUGAUGCACGGAUUAUGUUCAGCAAAGCCAAUACGAGCAGUAGUGCGGCUUCUUCGAAAUCCGGUGCCGAUGUCGUCGUGCUCCACUAGUCACGAGAUUUAUUUUUAUUUGAUUUUUAAAAACUUAAUUUUGUCAAUUUUGCAUAUAAUUUUUGUGGUAUUUUUGGUAAGGGAUCUACUUUUUAGAUGAUCUCUCUAUUUAAAUUGUGCAGACAAACGAAAUGAAAAAAAAAAUUAUGCGCCCGAAAUCUAAUUGGAACAGUCAGUCAUCUAAGAAGAACACAAAACAAAAGAACAAUGAGUGCAUGUGAGUGUGCGUGUCCAAGGUCCCAUCUCAUCACUAUCACCGAAGAGGGACCAACCGACCAAAAUAAAUACCGAAAAGCAAAUCAAGAAAUGAUAGGCAACAACACAUUGUUUUUAUUUUGUUUUUUCUCACCUGGUUCAUUUUCUGGUUCCCUUUUUAUUAUUCACGUUUUACGGUUUUUCAAUUAAUAUGAUAAUCAAUCAUGGUAAAACUGGUUAUUUGUAAAUUUAUAAUUAAAACACUCCAGUCAUCGGUGUUUGUCCCUCUGGGGUUACCUUUACGUUAAACUACACACACCUUUCAAAGAAUUGAUACCCUACCUACCUGUAUGCGUGGCGUUUGUCACCUGGAUUCUUUUUUCGUUUUAUACACAUAUUGCCACUCGGAAUGACGAACGAGUUUAUUGUUCAUGUGUAUAUAUAGGACAGUGUAUUUAGAAAUGACAACACGUUUUGAAAACGGCGCGCUCUUACUAACACUAACCUAACCGCGUCUUGGAUUCUUAUACGUGUCCCCUCCCCCUUCCUCCUUUUUCUCUUUUACUAUGGCGUGUAAAACAGUCAUGGAUUGACUCGUGUUGGAAAAUACAUCAGCAGUGACCCA